AUGGCAGUUGAUGUAUAUAGAAAUGACCUAUUUGUUAACAGACUUUCAAUUGCAGAUCAUAAUGACAAUUCUCUAGCAAAAGAAAAUGAACACACAGAAAUAGAUUAUAUUCCAUCUAAUAUAUCUCUUUAUAAUUCCUCUCAGAUUCAUAAUACUUCAAACAUUAAAGAAUAUCUAUUAUGCAGAGACCAUCUUAUAACAACAAAAAAUACAUUAUGA